AAGCUACGUUCACAACAACUCUUCAUUGAGCUGUUUUAGAAAGAGGUAGUUUUUUUGUACAAAACAAAAACUCUGGACAGGAAAUUAUUUUCUGCGAUGCAAUGUAUUGCAAGCAUGUGCAACUUUUACCGUCUAAAGAUACUAUGCUUAGGUGCUUUUUAUUUUUUGUUAUAUUUCUGUUGGCAUGUGAACUUGCAGAUGCAGACUGUACAUAUCCCGUACAGUGGACCACCAGCACUUUCUACGACAACGCAAAAGGCCCCGUGACCUUCUCGGGGAACACCAUGGAAGGAUGGCCAGUGACCUUGACAACAAUUCAAAAAACAGUCUCUUCCUGGGAGUGUUACCAUAGAAACGAAUCAACCAUCGUGUCCAAGAACAAAGAGAAAAUGAUGAUGUAUGGCAUCACUUUUUAUGCCUUUGUCUGCAUGGUGGUAGAUUUUAAAGACUCCCAUUUUUUCUACAAACUGUGGUCAGCUGAGGAAGCCAGGGCAGAUGGAGAGAGAAUUAAAAUAAAAACACAACCCCAGGCCUCUUUAUGUGAAGUCUGCGACAAAGACUUUAUCCCAGACACCUCAGAGAUCAAAUACAUGUGCACUCUUGAAACUUGUGACGAUGUGGACACAUCCCAGUAUAUAGACCCGGCGACGGUGUGUUCUGACCGGCCCCCUACCACAACGAGGACAACAGAAAGAACGACAACUGACCAAUUAGUAUCCAAAACGGAAGAAACAACAACGACAGUAACAAAAAGUACAACUAGAAAAAUCUUAACGAACCAAUCAUCAUCUAGAGUCAUAGACACAACAACCAAACCAACAGAUACUACAACACUACAACCCUCAUCUGGAACAACAGCAACAACGGCAGCAACAUCAACACAACAACCCUCAUCUGGAUCAACAGCAACAUCAACACAACAACCCUCAUCUGGAUCAACAGCAACAUCAACACAACAACCCUCAUCUGAAUCAACAGCGACAACAACACAACAACCCUCAUCUGAAUUAACAGCGACAACAGCAACAUCAACACAACAACCCUCAUCUGGAUCAACAGCGACAACAGUUUUAAUGACAGCAACAUCAACACAACAACCCUCAUCUGGAUCAACAGCAACAACGGCAGCAACAUCAACACAACAACCCUCAUUUGGAUCAACAGCGACAACAACACAACAACCCUCAUCUGGAUCAACAGCGACAACAACACAACAACCCUCAUCUGAAUCAACAGCGACAACAGUUUUAAUGACAGCAACAUCAACACAACAACCCUCAUCUGUUUCGAACUCAACUUCAAUGGCAACAUCUAAUCAACAACUAGAAGAUUUGUCAACUACUGCGAGCGCAAAGCCAUCAACGUCUUAUGUGUCAUCUAGCGCUACAGCAACUUCUCAAUCCACUUCUGUCGACAUGGAAUCGUCGUCUGCUGCGCCGCAGUCGAAUUCAUCCACACUAUCCCACACUUCGACCACCUCUUCUUUAGUUCCUAUUUCAUCAGGUGGUUCCUCAACUGAUAAUCUGCUACCAGAGAAAACUUCACUGAAUACAACGCCGUCUAGUUCAUCAGAACCAGAACAAGUUCAAACAACAACGAAAAAUCCAUUCAAAACAUUAUCUACAAAGACAGAUGGUGUGAUGGCCUCUUUGUCCACAGCUAUUGCAACAAACCCCGAAAAGAUAUCAACAAUCAAUGGUGUCACGAAAAACGAAAUAACAACAUUGGUCAGAUCAAAUGAUAAACAAAUUACAGACACUUCGGCUAGAACACCGAGUUUCUCGAGUAUUGUUUCAACCACAUACAUUCCAGGGAGGAAGUCAUCGGUUCCUUUUUUAUCAGCCAAAUCGCGGCCCGACAGCGCAAUUUCAUCCAUAUUCACCAGCGAAGCUCUGGUUAUUUGUGCAGUGUUGUCCAUUUUAAUACUGUCCGUGACAUUGCUCAGUAUUUCAAUUGCACUCAAGAGGAAGAAAUCUUCAAUCAGAAGACAUCGAAGAUUAACUCAUCUAUCGCACAUCAAACCUAUGUAUCAUGGAAGACAUGACUUUUAUUGUCAUCCAUAGAUGUGCUUAUUUUUGCAUACUUGGAUAUUGUUUGAGAUUACAUUAUCAUGAUUAUUACGACAAGACGGAAACAUAAAUCAUUAAUAAACAAUAAAUUCUAA